GACGGGAGCAGCAGGCACAGGGUGGAGGCUGCCUUGUUUUUCUCGGAUAAGACUGUCAGCUCGGGUGGGGAUUCACCAACAGAAAGUGUUAUCUCGAGAAACCUUCUGUCUGUGAACUGUUGCCCGGAACACAACCAUUUCCUCAGUGUCCGUUUGCCAGCACACCGGAGCUUCCAGCUUGGCAUCAAUGGAUGGUUCUUUCCAACACUGUGUAAGGCUGGCAUGAAAUUAACUGGUAUAAACAAGAAGAAUAAUUCAACCUGUGCAGCAUGCCGGUGAAGAAGCAAUACUCUCAGAAUGCACUGACGUUCAUAGUUUAACUGACUCAUCAGCCGAUCAGUGAGUGCAACUGCGACUGUGAACAUGCAGAAGUCACAGCCAUCCCAAACCUCACCGGGAAGUGUAGGCUCCACGCGUCCAUUGAGUGCUCCCGGAUCUCCAGGUUCAACAAUAUGCGCGAAGAUGGAUAACCAGGUGUUAGCCUAUAAAGACCUGGCUGCGAUCCCGAAAGAUAAGGCAAUAUUGGAGAUUGAGCGGCCAGACCUAAUGAUCUAUGAACCGCAUUACAGCUACUUCUGUGCAGAGAGACCAGAGCCAGUGGGGUCUGCUGAGCGCUCACAGUCACCACGCCCAAUGUCUCCUCUCACAUAUCCUGAGUACAUGGUGCAUAAGGAGAGCCGGGAAUGGGCAGAUGGGAAGUCUCCGGGAUCCACAAUGGGAUCAUCCUGCAAUCGCCGCAGCUACCCAUCCACUGGCAGCCUCCCACACCAUUUCCACAGGCCAGAUAUUGGCACCAAUAUGUACAGGAAGCGUCCCAUCUACAAGCAGAAUGAGCCAUCGACUGUGCUUCCACAGAGUAAAUACAUUGAGGAUCUCAUCAUUGAAUCCUCAAAGUUUCCAGCCGCUCAGCCUCCAGAUCCCAAUCUUCCGGCAAAGAUCGAGACAGAAUACUGGCCUUGCCCUCCCUCACUUGCUGUCGUAGAGAAAGAAUGGAGGAGAAGAUUCCCUUCAAAAGAAGAUGAAGAGGAUGAUGAUGAGGAGGAUGAUGAGAUGAAACAACUGCGUGAGAUUCAGAGGAAGGAGCUGAACAAGAUCCAGUCUGGACUAGGAAAGUUGAUCUUGAAGGAGGAGUUGGAGAAAUCAAAACCGCGAGGGAGGAAAUCACGCUCACUUCCAGAUCGAACCACAAGGAGUUUCUCUCCUCAACAGUCAACAUGUAAAUCACCCUCGCUCCCCAUCCAUGGGAGGAACAGUCUGUACAGGCUGCAGUCUGCAGAUUUUGUUACACCUCAGAGACCGGAGAGAAAGAGCGAUGCUGCAGAUAUCCAGAAUGGUGACACACAGUCAGGGAGGAUGGACAGAGGAACAUCUUUGCCAGCCAUGUUGGAGCAAAAGAUUUACCCAUACGAAAUGCUGAAAGGAAGCAGAAGUAUCAACCUGCCUCAGGGAGUGGACAGGCCCCGGCUGGAGAGACAUCUGUCCCCUGAGGAAUUCCAGGAGGUUUUCGGAAUGACAAUUAAGGAGUUUGAUAAGCUUCCCCAAUGGAAGAGGACUGAACUGAAGAAGAAGGCUUGCCUCUUUUAAUCUGCAGAAAUGUUGGGACGGAGAAUCCUUUUGACAGAUCCCUCAUAUGUUGGCUGGUUUGCUGUGUGCUGGAUGGCUGUUGCUUCUACAGUGUAUCACUCACAUGACUCAACUUUAAAACAUUUUGCUUUCUGUGCGUUUUUGUUUUCGCUCUUCUAUUUUAUGAGAUCUACCCUCAAAUAUCCUGGGGUGGAAACUCCGAUGAUCUCACCAUGGUAUUUUGGUUUGGUUUGGACUGGCUGUGCUGAAUGCUACCUCCUGACCACAAGCCAAAAGUGAACUGCUACCAUGACAAGCUUACAGAUGUCUCCAUAUAUGUCUAAUUGUUAACUUAUGUCUGAGUUACAGAGCAGUUUGAUGUGUGAUCAGCCCUGAACAUCAGUGUCUGCAACGUACCAUUGUUGCCACCGUUGUGUUCCUUGUGGGACAGGCUUUUGAAGGGCUGAAUGGCCUGUACCUUAGUAGCACUGAUGCCUAAUGUGCAACCACUUGUUGUCUUCAGACACCUUGCUCAGCUCUGUGCCAGGAACAAACCCAAGCCUGUUUGCCUUCUGUACCAAAUCACUCAAGAACUUAAAACAGGAAACCAAAAUUUCUUCUUCAGAUGUCAGAUGGGAAAAUCUGGAAAUUCAGAGUCCAAUGCCAUCACGUUUUGUGCAUCCCGCAUCUUUGACAGAUCCACUCCUGACAUCUAAUGACUUCUGCAAAGGACCAAAGAGUGUAGGAUCUGUAUAUGGGAGAGGGAGGCAUGAAUGCCUCCAAAUAUCAAAAGCAAACUAUAUUUUAAAAAAGUAUCUAUUUAUGCCCUCUGCUGCUAUUACUCUUAGUCCUGGGGUACAGUGAAACAUGGUUAGUUGUAAGUCUGUGAUUGUGAGGCUCACGCACACACCUCUGCUUCUCCUGUGCUGUUGAAGUCACUGGGAUGAAUGGUUUCUGACAGUAUUGCUUGCCCCUGGCUUUGAGUGUCACCCUGACACGCGAUAUUAUGGUCUGAGCUGCUUCUGGAGUCCACAAAGAUGGUGUACUGUUUGAUUUCUUUGCCAAAUCAAAGGACAAUGUGUGUAUAAUGUCUCCCAGAACAGGUUCUCAUUUCUCUGCUUCAGCUGACAAUAGUGACAAGUCCUUCGGGGUUUUGGUGAACACAUUCUCGAGCUGCCAUCAGAUAGUUGGGCCCACAUAUUUAUCAAUGUUCAGUACAAGCCACAAAAUGAACAAGGUCCAUCCACCCCUGAACUGCUUUGUAAUCACCCCCUGAGCAUCUGUUAUAUAUCUUGUGUUUAAAAUAAAUACAGUUCUGUUUCAUAA